UUUAAUGUGGUAUGAGUGAGAGGGGAGAGCAAUGUAUUCGAGCACGCCUCGCUUCUCUGUCCCAGUCGGUCUGUGACAGCUCUCCUGGAAACUCUUUAAAGAAGAUAUUCUUUUCGUUGGGGAGAGCUUUCUCUGUACUUGUGGGAUUAUUAUUUGUUUUCCUUUUUUUCCCCCUUUUCUCUCUCUUUCUCUUCGGCAAAGGAAGAAUUACAAUAAAACUCCAAAUGCUUUUCUCGGCGAGGAAGCGAAGGAGAGACUAUUAAGCAGCUGCUGAAAAUGGGCAAGCUUCAAUCAAAACAUGCAUGCAAGCGAAGAGAAAAUCCUGAAGGAGACAGUUUCGUGGUGAAUGCCUAUCUGAAUCGCCAGGGUUUGGAAGAGUAUGAACGGCAGAGAGCUUCGAACAUUAUCCCGGAGCAGACGAAGCAGCGCGGAUGUCGACCACUCUCCACGGAACUUUUGGAUGGAGAACUGAAAGGUGGUCAGUUCCUUGAUGACCAGUGCCCCCUGGAGGUGGUGCUUCCCCCAGAAAAGGUGGAACCAUGCGAUAGAAUCACAUCAACUUUCACUCACGAAGAUGGGGAAAAGUGUCCCAAUAAAGAAACCAGUAGAGGCACAAGCAAGAAAAGGCUGAACUUUGAUGAGCUAGAGUGUGACGUGUCUGUUGAAGAAGAUAACCAUCAGGAAUGGACCUUCACUCUUUAUGAUUUUGACAACAGUGGCAAGGUUACUAAGGAGGAUAUGUCCAGCCUGAUGCACACCAUCUAUGAAGUCGUAGAUGCUUCAGUGAACCAGUCAUCCACCAGCAGCAAGACUUUGAGGGUAAAACUGACAGUGACCCCUGAACCUCCCCAAAGGAAGAAAGAUGGCCUUGCCAGUGGUCAAGAUCGAGAAAGCAGUCGGAGUAGGAAUGAAGUCGAACAUGUGGAGGAAAUGAAGAGUCCAGACAAAAGGCUGUCUGCCCAGCUGAGAAGAUAUAACAGUGACCAGCAGCAUUCGAAUAUUCGUGAGCAAUACUGUGUAGAUGAAAACACAGAGAGAAGAAACCAUUAUUUAGACUUGGCUGGGAUAGAAAAUUACACAUCCAAAUUUGGACCAGGGUCCCCACCAUUACAGACCAGGCAAGAACACCAUGGGAAAACCUCUCACUCCCAAAGCAGGUCACGAUCCCAGGAAUCGGAGACCCAUGGCAGUCACCAGCGUCGAUCUCAACUCCUGCUGGACCAGCCCUCUCCAACAAGUGGAGCCGAGCUUCGGUCAGGCGAAGCACAUCAGCGGCUGAAAUGCCAGGAGAAGUUGCUUGGCAAGUCUCCCAAAGGGGCAGGGAAAGUUUCUGCUGCACCUGGCCAGAGCAGCGGAAAUAAGGCAGGUAAAGGUCUGCACUACCACUCCCAGCCCAGCCAUGCGGGUUAUGACCAUUAUCACUUCCAGCAGCAGCAGCAACAGCACAACCAUAAAAAGUACAGGCAACGAAUGAAAGACGCCCACUCCCCGCUGAAGACAGCCCACGUUCAGCCCCUGGCACUGGAGCAAGAAUUCAUACGCGACCUUCCGCCGGUCAUGUCAAGCGACGGCUAUGUUAUGCCAGUUGUUCAGAGACAUGAGCACCAUCACCACCAUGAGCACCACCACCAUCAUCACUACCACCACUACCAUCAAUCGUGAGGAGCCGGCUACAGCGGCAAGCAAGAAAGAAAACAAAGCCCCCAGAUUGUGGGCUGUCCUUUGCCUGUCCCCGCCACUACUGUACAUUCUACAUGCAGUACAAUGGCGGUGGACAUUUCUUUUGAGCUGAAGCAAUGAAGCAACAGUUGGGGACUUUUUUUGUCUGAACUGAUACAUGUGCAAAUCUCUUUAGGGUUGAUAAUCACUUUUAUUUUAUCCUCGUCCCCAGUGCCUGCUUGACUUGGGUGAAACGUGCAGCUCCUGGCUACACAAAAGACUGCCCAUCACAAAGCACAGGCCUACUUUAUAUUUUUUAUUCAUAAUGAUAUUUGAAAAAUAAUCCAAGAAGAUUUGAAACACCACUGCCGUUACUCUGCUGCAUAAGAAAUGUAAACGUCAGAAUUUAUUGUUUUAUUAUUAGCUGAAAUGGACUUCAGUUUCCUCUUUACUGGACUGGAAAUAUUUCGGCUCACUUGCUCUGUGGUGCUGCAGAUAUGAGCUACCAUGAUGAACCAUCAAUAAUGGAGCUGUAAGCUCAUUCCACAAAUCAUUUAGUGAGUUGCUUCCUUUGUCAAAGCAAGAUUAACUUCACUGUGGGACACCAAUCGGUGUUUAAUGUUAUGAACGGAAACAUAGAAUAGUCUAUCAGCAUGUAUUAAAAACACCAUAAGGAUGAAUGUAACACAUAGUAACCAUUGUUAAAAAUAUAAUUUAUUCAUAUAUUGAUAAAUCUUUUAUUUUUAGUUAUACUUGCUAACAUUAUCAAUUGGGAUUUGUUUUCAUUGGGAAUUAUUUGGCAUUUUUUGUUUCUUAAGAAACACUUAUUUUUCUUGUAUUUCUCGUGUAUGGCAUUGCGAUCCAUUUCAAUGCAAUGUACACAAUUUUGCAUUGUCUUUACCAGCCAUUUACAAGAAUCUCUACAAACCCAUUUUCACCUGUGAGAACUGUACACCUUGAAGUAGUUAGUGACGUGUUUGUGAAUAGGCUGCUAACACAGUAGCUACACCUUGCAUUAAACUCAGUUCUGUUUCACCCUUGGUAAAGUUCCUUGCAACACACCUCAUUGUAUUUGAAAGAGGAUGAUUGGGAAAUGUUAAUGGUAAUAAAUAUUUUCACUUCUGUCGCUACCAAUCCCUUUUAUUAAAAUAAAACUCCAAAAAAGUUGAAAUGACCAUUAAUCAAUCCAAGGCUUAAAAUCCUGCAUACACUUAGAACAGAGCAUUUCAGAAACUGACUUGAGCUUAAAAAAAACAAUUUCCAAUCUAGAUAAUGCUGCUUUUGAUGGAAGCCCCACAUCAGAACCCCUUUGCAACCUGUUAUUCAUGUAAAGCUUCACUGCCUUGUCCAGUUGCCAGAAUGUUUCUGUACUUCAGGUCAUUGUAGAAAUGUAUUGAAAACUUGGUCACAAUCAAUUUGGAGCUGACCCAUUUGUUUAAGAACAAAGGCAAUAUGUUACUGUAAUACUUACAUUCCAAUUUUGUGUGAAUUUCUCCCAUAUUAUGUUGACAGUAUUUUCCCAAAUAUGUUAUUAAAAGUAGUCAAUACCGUAUUGUAGUGAUAUUUUUGUAAAAGAAAAGACCUUUCAUAAUAGUUCUACUUUAUUGGACUUCGCUGCGAUUUUUUUUGUAUAGUGUUGUAUAUGGACUUAAUUAAAUGUAUUAUUUAUUUAACAG